AUGCAAUUUGAAGCAAUCUUCCAACCAAAAACCGUCGCCGUCAUUGGCGCUUCUGACAGACCAGAAUCCGUCGGAUAUGCUGUGAUGAAGAACAUGCAAAAAGGAGGCUUCAAGGGUAAGCUCUUCCCAAUCAAUGGCCGUAAGCCAGAACUCUUUGGCAUGAAAUGCUAUGCCAAGGUUGGUGAUAUCCCCGAGAAAGUCGAUUUGGCCGUUAUUGCUAUUCCAGCCAAGUUUGUCCCAAGUGUUUGUGUUGAAUGUGGUGUUGCUGGUGUUAAAGGACUUAUCAUCAUUACUGCUGGUUUUGCUGAGGCUGGUGCUGAAGGAAUUAAGAUGUGUGGAGAGAUUGAAGCCACAUGCAAGAAGUACAACAUGAGAAUGAUUGGUCCAAAUUGCCUUGGUAUUAUUAACCCAAGAGAUGGUGUUAAUGCUUCAUUCGCUUCAGUUAUGCCAGAAGCCGGAGGAGUUGCUUUUGUUUCACAAUCUGGUGCUUUGUGCACAGCUAUUCUUGAUUGGGCUGCCAAUCAACAUGUUGGGUUCUCAUACUUUGUAUCCAUUGGAUCUUCCAUUGAUACUGAUUACGCUGAUUUGUUCGAGUUCUUCGCUAAGGAUGACAAAGUCACUUCAAUUUUGAUGUACAUUGAAUCAAUUAAGGACGCUAAGAGAUUCGUCUUGAGAGCCAGAGAAUUCGCUAAGGAUAAGCCCAUUAUCUUGUUGAAAUCAGGAAGAUCAUCUGAAGGAGCUGCUGCUGCUAUGUCACACACUGGUUCCCUUGCUGGUAAUGACGCUGUUUAUGAUGCCGUCUUUGAUAGAUGCGGCUGCAUUAGAGUCGACUCCAUUUGUGACUUGUGGGAUUGUGCUCACGUCUUGGCCACUCAAACUGUUCCACAGAACAACAGACUUUGCAUUAUUACUAAUGCUGGUGGACCCGGUGUCAUUUCUACUGAUAGAUUAGUCUCCGUUAAAGGUAAAUUGGCCAAGUUGUCUGAACAGACUAUGACUGAAUUGAACGGAUCACUCUCCCAAUUCUGGUCACAUGGAAAUCCAGUCGAUGUCCUUGGUGAUGCCACUGCUAGCACUUAUCAAAAGACUAUUGAUAUUUGCUUGAAGGAUCCACAGAUCGACGGUAUUGUCGUUGUUUUGACUCCACAAGCUAUGACUGACCCAGUCGCCGUUGCUAAGAGCGUUGUCGAACACGGCCCAUAUAGCAAACCAGUCUUGGCCUCAUGGAUGGGUCAAUCCGAAGUCGAAGCCGGUGUUAAGAUCCUUGAAGCCGGAAAGAUUCCAAACUUCGAGACUCCAGAGAGAGCUGUUACUGCUUUCGGUUACAUCAUGAGACACCCAGAGAUGGCUGCUAAGUUGAAGGAAGUACCAAACUAUGUUGACGUCAAAGUCGACUACGAAGGUGCCAAGCAGUUGAUUGAAGAGGUUGUCAAGGACGGAAGAAACACUUUCACUGAGUACGAAGGAAAACUUAUGUUCUCCAAAUACGGCAUCCCAAUUAAGGGAAUGGCUAAGGCUGCUACUGAAGCCGAAGCUGUUGCUGAAGCCGCUAAGAUGGGAUAUCCAGUCAUCAUGAAAAUCUUGUCCCCAGAUAUUAUGCACAAGACUGAUGUUGGAGGAGUUAAGAUUGGGUUGAAGACUGAAGAAGAUGUUAAGAAGGCGUUCAAUGAUAUUAUGACCUCAGUUAAGGCUAUGAAACCAGAAGCUAGAAUCCACGGUGUCCUCAUUGAGAAGAUGUGUUCAUUCAAAUAUGAGUGCAUUAUCGGAUGCAAGAAAGACCCAUUGUUCGGCCCAGUCAUCGUCUUUGGUAUGGGUGGUGUCACCGUCGAAUUGUAUAAGGACACUAACAUCGCUUUGCCACCAAUCGAUAUGAAUGCCGCUGAAAGACUUAUUGACGGUACUAAGAUCUCUAAGUUACUCCACGGGUACAGAGGAAUGCAAGGAUGUGAUGUCGAAGGACUUAAGAAACUCUUGGUCCAAUUCUCUAAGAUGAUCAUGGACUUCCCAGAAAUCUCCGAAGUCGAUAUUAACCCGCUCGCUUGCUCUUAUGAGGAAUUCUUGGUCCUCGACGCUAAGAUCGUGUUGGACAAGAACAUGAUCGGAAAAGAAGUACCAAAGUACUCUCAUUUGCUCAUCCAACCAUAA